CAUCGUCUUCUGCGGCAUGAAAGUGAAGCUGAUCAUGGUACCGGCAUGUACAUAGCUUUGCCCGCUGUUCCUGCCGUCACGGCUGUUCUGAGCGUCGGCCCGUGAAGCUGCCGAUUUCGAUGCUGGCCCGAGCGUCAUAUCCUCUCAAAAAGUUUCGCCCGCAAAAUCUCCAAACUUUGUGCAUCCCACGCAAACGCCAACAUGGAGCUUCUGCCAGCGCAUCAGCCUCUCCUCGAGGAUGACACCGAUGAAGAGCUUUCUGAUCAGCAAAUCAAGGAGCUGCUCAACGAGGCUGCCGAACGCAUGCGCGCAAAGGCAGCCUUGCAGCCAGUUGCUGCACCAGACGCGCCUUUCAAGCUUCCCAAGCUGAGGCCUGGGCACAUCGCCGACACAUACGAGAAGACCGAGGGCAACAUCGCUCGUCUUGAUCACUCAAAGCUAAUCGACAAGAAGCAGCUAGCUCUUGCUAAUGGUAUCAAGAAGAUCGAUGACCCUAUCGCCGACAAGCGCGCGCGGAAAGAGGAGAAGAAGGCGACCGCUGGCGCUGAGUGGUUCAAUAUGCCCAAGACCAAUCUCACUCCCGAACUCAAGCGUGACUUGCAGCUUCUAAAGAUGAGGAACGUCUUAGACCCUAAGCGCCACUACAAGAAGGACAACGCGAAGAACGAUGUCCCUGCGUUUUCGCAGGUCGGCACCGUCAUUGAGGGUCCAACGGAGUUCUUCAGUAGUCGUCUGAGUAACAAGGACCGCAAGCAGACUCUGUUGGAGGAGGUCAUCAACCAGGAACAGCAGAGCGGCCGCUUCAAGCGCAAGUACAAUGACAUAUCCGUCAAGAAGGCCAGUGGAGGAAAGAAUUUCUACAAGAAGCAGCAGGCCAAGCGCAACAAGGGCAAGGUCUUCAAGCCUUGAGCAUGUCGAUUUGGCAAGUACCAAGCUUUGCAUCUGUUCGCUAGCGGACGCCUUGCUGCCUACCUGCCCAACAUCCUAUCAACGUGUCACACAUCACAGCGAAAUUGGUGUGGGCCCUGCAGAUCUGCGACAGCAGCAUGUUCGAUAUGUGCUCACUUGCAUCGUCGAUUACCUCGAUUCGACUUACUCCUCGUGCAAGUCGCUAAGUACCUGUUUGACAAGGGCCACCAUAUCCUUCGCUGCCUCUCUCCCAGCGUCCAAGACCUCUGCGUGGUUCGCCAU